CUCUCAAACUGAGAGGUUGAAAUUUCAAGCGUUGACCGACUCCGUCCAUUCCCAUACUUGCACUUUUAGUUCGGAAACUGCUGAGUAAUUUACAGCUGAGGAAACUGGCCAGCAAUUUACAUUGACCAUCUUUUAUGCUGCUUGUUCCCGAAUCUGUAUCUUUGUUCAACGGUGUGUCAAUUAUUUUACUUUUCAACGGUCUUCAAUCUUUAACUUUUGUCCCUCUAUUCAGUCUAUUGUACUGUACGUACUUGCUCUUACGAGAGCUUCAGGAAGGACGUGAAUAUUGCCUGCGUUUCUGCGAGCUUUCUCUUCUCUCACGAGGCUAGGUAGUACAAUGGGGAUGGAGUUCUUGGCGAUUCUGGCAGUAUGUUCUAUGCAGAAACAAUUCCUAGAGAAAGUAUGGGAGAAAAUUGAGCUUCUCAUGAACAUAUGGACAUUCAUUAGGGAGUGUCCUGAAUUGUUGAACUCCCUUGAUAAAAAAACAGAAUCUCUUGAGCAAAAAUUGGAUACUUUGCGCAGUCUAGAGGAGGAUAUCAACACAGAAUUGGAAAGUGCAAAAUUUCUUCCUCAUAAAAAGCGGAAGAGAGAAGUUGAAGUUUGGUUGAGAAAUGUACAAAGAAAGAAAAUUGACAUUCAAAGCAUAAAAAAAGAAGUUGGAAAAGGAAAGCAUUUCUUACGACCGUGGUUGGAAAGUCAUGUUGAGAAGAAUAUUAAAGAAGUAGAAGAGCUUCAUGAGCAGGGUAAAUUUCCUCAGGGGCUGCUUCUUGAUGCACAUCAUACCAGCAGGGACGCAUUACUGACAACACCAUUGCUUGGUGGGAUUUCAACUAAAAGAAUUAUGAAGAGAAUCUGGGAAUGCUUUACCGAUGUUAAUGUGUCAAGAAUUGGUAUCUAUGGAGUGGAGGGAGUUGGAAAAACAGCCAUUUUGAUGCAUAUCCAUAAUCAACUCAUAGAAAGUACUUGUCCAUUUUAUCAUGUAUAUUGGAUCACUGUGUCACAACCUCUCAGCAUCUUCAAAUUGCAAAAUGACAUUGCAAAAGAAGUAGGACUGGAUUUUUUAGAUGAGAAAGAUAUUAGGAAGAGGGCAGCUAAGUUAUAUAAGGCGUUGAAAAGGAGAGAAAGAACUGUCCUCAUUUUGGAUGAUGUUUGGAAACAUUUUCUGCCAGAAGAAGUAGGGAUUCCGAACAAAGUGAAUGAAUGCAAGCUGAUAUUAAGUACUCGAUCAGUAGAUGUGUGUCGAAAGAUGAAUUUCUGCGAAACUAUCAAGGUGGAACCCCUUUCUGAUGAAGUAGCAGAAAAGUUGUUUAUGGAAAAGCUAGGCCUCCGCAAACCACUUGCCCCAGCGAUUGAAGAAAUUGCAAAGCUAAUUAUCAGACAAUGUGGAGGCUUGCCAAUUUGGAUUAUAGAAAUGGCACAGAGAAUGAGGGAAGUGGAUGAUAUUAGCGAGUGGAGGAAUGCUUUGACUGAGGCCAGAGAAUUUAGAAGGGAGCUUAAUGACUAGGGGUAUGAGUUAAUUAGCUAGUGACAGGAAUUCUUGUUGACGAACAAAAAUCUCUCCAUUUCAAUUGAAAUAGAGAGAAUCUAUUAUAAUAUAAAGAUUUUAUUUUUUGGAUCUGUACAUUUAUUUCAAAUGGUGAGAAUCCUUUUUCUUUCGGGAA